GCUUAAAAGUUAAUUGAACGUUCUGAAGCAUUGAAGUGUGUGGUGACUUAAAUAUGCAAUUUAUAUAAUUUUACCAUCAUCGCAUGUUUGAAAUUGUUAUCAUUUAAAAUUCGGUGAAGGAAAUGUCGGUCCAACUGGUUGAUUCGAGUGGUAAAGAUGAUUUGAAAACACAGUUUGUGACUCGUGAAGGCGAGUAUAGGUUGAUGACGCUGUCGGAAUACUCGCGGCCAAAUCGUGUUGGAUAUCAAAAUAAUCAGAACAACCCCCAAGUGAGAGUUUCUUUGGUGACCCUACCCUCACAGGUAUCCCAGCAAUUGUCAGGAAGUAGCAACAAUCAUGGUGUAAAUGCAAAUCCUCAACCAACGAUUUCUGGAGGCUCAGCAACAGUGGCCUCUCCAAAUGGCCUGGAACAAACCCAAAACAUCAGUACUGGGCUAUCAUCAAACAGUUCAUCUCCAAUUGGAGGUGAUAGAAUAUGCUUCAACUAUGGAAAAGAAUUGUAUGUUUAUGCGUACCGAGGAGUAAAAAAGGCUUCAGAUUUGAGUAAACCAAUCGACAAAAAACUGUACAAAGGCACCAAUCCAAGUUGUCACGAUUUCAACGCAACUGCAGCUACGUGUGAAGGUGCACCACUCCUCGUGGGUUUUAGCACGGGUCAGAUUCAAUUGGUUUAUCCUGGACGAAGAGAACAAGGAAAAUUAUACAACGAAGAGAGAUUAAUUGAUAAGACGAAAGUUACCUGUUUGAAAUGGAUUCCAGGUUCUGAAAACCAAUUCCUGGCAUCACAUAGCAGUGGUUGCUUGUACGCUUAUAACGAAGAACUGCCAUGUACACCAACUACGCCAAGCUAUCAGCCCUAUAAGUGUGGUGAUGGUUACAUUAUUCUAGCGUGCAAAUCUAAAUCUACUCGCAAUCCCUUGUAUAAAUGGUGCUUUGGACAGCAAGAAAAUGCCAGCAUUAAUGAGUUCUGCUUUUCACCUUGUGGUCAACACUUAGCAAUUGUGUCCCAGGAUGGAUUUCUCAGAGUCUUCCAAUACAGUAACAUGGAGUUAAUUGGAAUAGCGCGAUCAUAUUUUGGAGGAUUUCUGUGCGUAUGCUGGAGUCCAGAUGGAAAAUAUGUUGUUGUUGGAGGAGAAGACGAUCUUGUAACAGUAUAUUCCUUACACGAACAACGUGUUGUUGCUAGAGGCCAAGGUCAUCGUUCAUGGGUAUCAGUAGUUGCGUUUGACCCGUAUACGACGUCUUAUUCAAAUUGGAAUGGUGGCGAUUUCAGCGACGAUGAAAACCCGAUAAACGAUGGUUAUGACAACUGCUAUGACUACACCAACCAUGUUGGUAGUGAAUCAAUUGCGACUGCUGGGCAUCGUCCUCCGGUAUGUAGAAAUAGUGUAUCUACAUCGGAUAAGCUUGCCACUUGUUAUCGUCUGGGUUCAGUGAGCCAGGAUACUCAACUAUGUUUGUGGGACAUUACCGAAGAUGUCCUGCGACAAUCAAUAGGCCGUUUAAGUCGUAAUCUGAGCUCAGCGGAUCCCACUUCUUAUAAUACAAAAAGUGAAUUUUCAAAAAGUGCAAAUAAUAGUAAUAGUGGACAACCCACGGUAUCUCACAAGGAUUAUGCUAAAUCAAUAGCUAAAGUGGCUUCAACGAACGAAAAUGAUACUAUGGAUAACUCAAAUUUUACCGUUAAAUAUUUGACUUUAACUAGUGAUAAUAUAAAUACUGCUAUAAAUUGUGAUGAUAGUAAUAGCAACAAUAGCAGUGGAAAAUGUUCCACAGCCAGCGUCGAAGGCAAAUAUUCGAAGAAUCAUAUAACCAAAGGCAACAGUGUUGUUAAUUCUGGUGGUACAUCUUCAGUCGGAUCGUCGAAUAAGAAGGACAAAGAUAGUGACAAAACAUUGAAGUUUGAAACAAAUCAUCAGCAUAAUCAUUCAACAUUUAAUUCAAUAACUCAGCGGUUUUCAAAUAUGGGAUUCGGAAACGCUGGUAACAAUUGUAGCAAUAACAGUGAAAAGUGUGAAAAAGUAGGCAAAAGCAGCAAAAGAAGCAUCAUAUCGCUUGCAGGCAAAUCAAACAACAGCAAUAACAUUCACAGUAGUUCAAAUAACAAUAAUUUCCAACAUUCUAACGCUCCGAGUAUCAACCAUCAAGUCAACCUUGUUGAUCAACCUAUUUCAACAUCAUCGUCAAGCAGUGGAGGUGGUGCUAGUAUUUCCAACACAAUAACCUCAAUUAUGACAUCAUCGCUAACGAAAAAUAAACGCAAUGAUGCUAACGGAACAGGCGGCAGUGUUACUAGCAUUAUCUCAUCUUAUGAUCCAAUGAAAUUGAUAGGAACUCCUGCGUGCCCACGAUUCGAUGAUUGUCCAGUAUUAGAACCGUUGGUGUGUAAAAAGAUAGCACACGAGCGAUUAACGGCAUUAAUAUUUCGGGAAGAUUGCUUUCUCACAGCGUGCCAGGAUGGAUUUGUGUACACAUGGGCAAGGCCUGGUUACAUAAAUCUCCCACAGCAUUUACCUUCAAGUCCCACGGCACCACCCAGCGGUACGGUAGUGUAAAUAAAACAUCAAUAGUUGUAAUGUAUCCUAUGUUUACAAUAAGUUAAGAUAAUUAUUGUUUUAUUCGUGUUAACGCUUAUGUACGUUCGUUGUUAUUAAGCAAAAUGAUUAUAGUAACGGGCAAAUGCACAAUCCCUGAAGUAAAAGUGAGCAACAACAUCAACAAGAUAGUAUACCCGUGGAAUCUAACUAAGCGACUGAAUGAAAUUUUAUUGCUAUUUUUUCUCAGACCCGAAGAAAAUCAGAGCGGUAACGGUAAAUUUCCACCUUUUACAAGAUAUGAGCAGCAAUGCGGAUAAGAGAUGAUUAUUAGUACACAUUAGUUAAAAAAUUACUUGUUUCUUAUUUUUAUCAAUAUAUUGGUUGUAUAAUUUUUCAGUGGAUGUGCAGUGGGGAAUUGCAAGAAAUUUCGCCCCACCUUAUUCUACCAUUACUUCAAGUUAUGAUUAUUCAAACUAAGUUUUCUAUUUGUUAUGAUUCAGGUUUAGAAUUAAAAUAACUAUCAAAUUUAAUUGAACUAUUUCCUAAUUCUGCUAAGAAUAAACACAUUUCUUACAGUUUUUAAACAUGUUAAACUUCAACUUUUAAUAGUUUUAAUUAUAAAAGCUGUUCUUUCAAAACAGAUUAUGGCAUUUAAGUUAUUGUUUAACCCCAAAUAGUAUAUUUUUUAGAUAGGUUUGUGACGUUUGUGACACUUAACAUUACCAUAAAUAGUAUAUUUUCGACGGUAUUAAAACAAAUUUUUCUCAAAAACGUAGAAAUUGUGAUUUUCUUCUUGGCAAAACAUGGAAAACUCGGGGAAUUUUAUUUAUCAAAAUAGAUGGUUGGGUUUCGUGGUAACCCGCAUGAAAACCUGCAUCAAAUAUAUCAUAUUAACAAUAUGAUCCAUUCUUGCCUUUUCCAUACAUUGCAAUGGCGACCAGAAAAAUAUUGCUUCACGUACCAUCUAGCGUUGAAAAAGGUCAGCAAGAACCAAACAAUCGAGGGGCGUGAGCAUAGCAUUUAUUAUCAAAAAAUAAUAUUGAAAUUUAUUUCAUUAAUUACAUUUAGUAUAAUACUUGAAAUUUUUUAUGACGUGUCAAUGUUUUCAGCAAAUCAAAAAUAUGCUGAAAUACACACGCAGAAAAAUGGAUUUUUGUUCCAGGGCCUCGUAUUUUGUUAUUGAUUCAAAAAUAUUGUAUUACUAUUCCAACAAAACUUAUUUUUGAACCAACAAAAUGGUUUUUAGAAUCAACAAACGGAUUAUCUUCUCUAUAAUCAGUUUGUUGAUUCAAACAUAUUUUUCGUUGAAUUAAUCGAAUAAUGUAUUUGAAUAAAUACCAAAAUCAUAUUAGGCCCUGAGUCAAUAGUAUAUCCAUUUGAAUUUAAAAAUCAUUUAUCUGCGUACAUACAUUUAAAAUAUUAUACAAAUUUUCAUUUGGUUUACCCCUCGUGAACAUAAACAAAUACAUUGGUAGCCUUUUUGGCCACAGAGGCGCUUUCAUCGCUAAAAAAUCGGUUCGUCAGCUAAGCGAAAGAGUGAAUCGUAUUGUUAAUAUAAUAUAUUUGCCUGCAUCCAACCCAAACCCGAUUUUUUGAAGCUAUACCUCGCAUCGUUUGCAACAUUUCAAGUUCAAAUAUUGUGAGAUUCCUUUGAUUGGACGCCACGCAUCAUUGUUGUUUUUCUCUAAAAUAUGUGCUUGUACCGCUUUACCAAACAUCACGCGGCCUUUGCUUUUUAAUAUACAUAUCGACCUAGUCUAAUACAAUGCUACAACUUUGUUCCUCUUUAAAGAGACGAACCAGCUAAGGGCUGAAAGUCUCUAUAAUAAAGCAAAAUAAUAAGAAGAAGAACUUUGUUCCUGCAAGGAUCGCAUGAACAAGGAACGAAAAGACGCCAUUUAGUGGCGCCGAUGGUGUAGUGGUAAGCGUGACUGCCUCUCCCUCGGAAGGGUCUGGAUUUAAUCCCAGUCGGUCAGGAUUUUCUGAUGUAUAAAAUAUCUGAUCACAUCUUCCUGUUGGACCCGUCCAUGAGUUGAUGGGUCGAUAGGUAGGGUCCAGGCGUGGGAGUUACCUCCCUGGCGUCGGUAGCAUUGCUACUCACUCAGUACGGAAAACAAGAUCAACGGAAAAUAAACCAAGGAAAAAAGAAAAGACCAGCAAUUAUUAAACUGAUGAAGACUGCACAUUGUAGUCGAUCUGUCAUGGAAACCAACAUUAAUUAAGUGGAAUUAAAUGGAAGAUAACCUUUUUUGCAGUUUUAUUCAAACAUUCCGCUAACUUCACUUCAUUACUUCACGAGCAAUUAUUAUUUUUUAAUAAAGAACAACAUGUGAAAAGGACAUUCAAGCUUUUUGUAAACAAACCUUCUUAUACCCUUUUCUCGCCAUCCACAUGACACCUACGCAAACCAUUAACAUCACCGGGUAGGGGAAACUUUCCCCUUCCCGAUGAUGUUUCUAGUUUGCGUGGGCAACCCAUGGUUGGCGAGAAAAGGGCGUACAAAGGUUUAUUUAACAAAAAGCUUAUAUGCCCUUUUCACAUGUGGCUCUUGAACUAACCUUAUGGAAAGAAAACAAAAUAUCAACUCCCAAUGACAGAGCUUUUCAAUAAAUAUGUAAAUAUUUCACCAUACCAUCCAUACCGAACACAAAUCCGAUUUUUUUAAUAACCCGGACCCGAUUUGUUUUUCAAUUGUAUACAGUCAAGAUUCCUAUAGUACGGAUUCGUUCUUGCCGGAUUCCUAUAGUACGGUUACCCCUGGAUUCCUAUAGUGCGGUCGAUCCGGCAUUAACGAAUACACGUAGCAUAUGGGAUUUGACCUAAUUGGGACCAAACACUGAUUGUAGGGUAAUUUGAAGAGAUAACUUCCUGGUGUCUUCUGAACAGUUAUUAAACAGAAUAUUUGCCACCUUUUGGGAACAUUUAGCAUCCGGAAAGUCACAAGUCUGGUCCUGUGGAAGACCCGGAACAUCCGUAAAAGUGGUCAAUUCACGAAACUAAUCCUAGAGCUCCGUGGUUUUUUCGAAACCGCUCAGACAAAUAUCAGAAUGAAUUCGGAGUUGUGACCUGAAUAUGAACCCAGAGGACCACGGGAUGGUCCACCGGAAGAUUCGGAACAUCCGUAAAAGUGGUCAAUUCAUGAAUCUGAUCCUAGAGCUCCACGGUUUUUUCGAAACCACUCCUAGACAUCUUAUCAGAAUGAAUUCGGAGUUGUGACUGGAA